AGCUCAAGACAGACAGAAGAAAGGGACUCUUUUCAGUCUAGAAAAAUGCUCACUCCUUCCUCAUAUCAUUUCCACUGUGAUGAAAAAAGACUGAUGAAGCCUCAGAGAGAAACGCAACUCUGGGUGGUGAUGCAAUAGUGCAGAAUCCAGAAUGGAUAUCCUCUUUGCAGCCAUCCUUGCUGUGCCACUUAUCCUGGGACAAGAAUAUGAGGAUGAAGAAAGGAUGGGAGAGGAUGAAUAUUAUCAGGUGGUCUAUUAUUAUACAGUCACCCCCAGUUAUGAUGACUUUAGUGCAGAUUUCACCAUUGAUUACUCCAUAUUUGAGUCAGAGGACAGGCUGAACAGGUUGGAUAAAGACACAACAGAGGCAGUAGGGACUACCAUUAGUCUUGAAACAGCACGUGCAGACCAUCCGAAGCCUGUAACUCUGAAACCAGUAACAACGGAACCAAGUCCAGAUCUGAAUGAUGCUGUGUCCAGUUUGCGGAGUCCUAUUCCCCUUCUCCUGUCGUGUGCCUUUGUUCAGGCGGGGAUGUAUUUCAUGUAGAAGGUGGGAGAAGGCUGCUAUGACUCUUUGGAUGGGAGUUUGGCAAGAGGAAAUUGGAAGAUAAAAUAAAUAAGUGAAAUAAUCUGGUUA